AUGCCCUGGUCUUCCACCUACUCCCGAAUGCUUCUCGGUGCCACUGCUGUGGCCUUUCCACUCACGGCUACAGUACUAAAACCUGAAAAAUCUGAAAAACAAAAGCUCCAGGAGAAGAUAAAAGUAGCAAAGACAAUGAUAGAAACCACUAUGGCCAUUCAAGGCAUUCCAGGCCUUUCCGUCGCAGUUUCUGUGGAUGGAAAAAUGGUAUGGAGGAGUGGAUUCGGGUACGCGAAUCUCGAGAGUUCGGCGAAGUGUACAGCCAACUCCGUGAUGAGAAUAGCCAGUAUCAGCAAACCGAUCACCGCCACGUUGGCGGCGCAACUCGUCGAAAAUGGGAAAUUGGAUUUGGAUGAGGAUAUUCGAAAAUAUCUAUCGGAAUUCCCUGCGAAAAAGUUCGAGAACGAAGAUGUGACGAUCACGAUGAGGCAUCUUUUGUCACAUUCCGCCGGAAUUCGGCAUUAUGGAAAUCCGAAGAAAAAAUCCGGUUCCCUCGAAGACCCAUCCAACAACAACACUGAAACCUCCGAAUUCCUCUCCAACAAGCCGUAUACCAACUCAAUCGAAGCACUCGAAAUCUUCAAAAACGACGAUUUGGUAGUGAAACCCGGCUCGAAAUUCUCCUACACCACUUAUGGAUUGACACUGGCUGGCGCUGUUCUUGAAAAAUGUUCGGGUAGAUCAUAUAGACAAUUAGCAAAUGGAUUGUUCUCGGAUUUGGGAAUGCGACAUACUCAACUGGACACAAAGAAAAAAAUAAUCCCGGGAAGAGUGAAUUAUUACCAUAGGAACUCUGAAACGAACGAGUUGGAGAACUGUCCAGAAGUGGAUUGUUCUUAUAAAUACGCAGGCGGAGGGAUUAUUUCAAAUGUGACGGAUCUGGUGAUCUUUGCCAAUGCAAUUCUACACAGCUAUCAAUUGGAUACCAGGAAAAAUCUGAUUAAGAGAGAGACUAUUCGCAAAUUUAUCAGUGAACAAAUCCCCAUUGAUAAUAGUGUCAAAUCAACGACUUCAGCAGGACUCGGAUGGUUUUUGGUGGAUGGGAAGGGUGUGAAAUCACUCAAUGGAAAUGUCGCCAACUCCCAAUUCUUCUACCACACUGGCGCCGCUGUCGGAGCUUCCUCAGUUCUUCUCAUAAAACCCGGAGAUUCUGAAUCCCAGACGUCAUCUGGAGUCUGUGUGGCGAUUCUGUGUAAUCUCCAGAAUUGCUCAGUGUACAAUUUGGGCCGAGAUAUCGGAGAUUUGUUUUAUAAUUCUAUGUAA